AUGCCUCCAGCUAUAAACCUAAAGAGUGGCAAUCUUUCUGGCACUUCAAACUACCUAUCAUUUCUUGGUCACCGUCAGCUAGAGAUGCUUUACUUUAUUCAGCUCUCGGGUGAGCCACUCUUUAUCGACUACAUCAACUGCAUCUCUGCUCUUGUGGAACAGCUUCCCAAACACAAUGGACUGUACUAUGAAAAGUACUACCGUGAAAACAAAUGGCACUCCUUUACGAGCAGUCUCAAUAUGCACAGUAGAGAAUUUUAUUUUAACUUGAUUCGAGCUUACAUUCACUCUGGAGGUCGAGAUUUGUACUCAUAUGUGCAGUACGGCCAUGCCAUCACCACGGCUGACCAUGCAAGCAUGUUUGGCAAGUCUAUUCAAAGUGGCCUAAUUUACGCCCGAGCCUUCGACAUUAAUGAAGGCGUUCAUCAAAAGUGGAGCUCAGGAAAUAGCUGCUAUCUAGGCGCCAUGUUAGCGCUAGGCGUAGAUGCGCUCAAGCGAAAUCUAAAAUCAAUCAAUGAAUCACUAUCUUCAAAAGAGUGGCCUUUGAUUCAGGCAAAGAAUAUUGAUCGUCAGUGGAAGUUGGCCAUUGAGAUCACUGAAACGUGCCACCAAGCAGCCAUUCGAACGCGAACGGGCCUUCUGCCACAGCGGUUCAUCUUCACUCAGCAUGAGGAGGCAACCACCGCUCUGGUGACCAUUGGCAUACUGACGCCUGAACUGGCAGAGAGUUACUUUAUUCUCUGGCGACUGACACAUGAUCAAAAAUACCGAGAGUACGCCUGGCAACUGGUGAUGGCCAUUUACGAGCACUGUCGGACGGACAAUGGCUACGCCCAAGUACAAAACGUCAAUCGAGUGCCGACGAUUAAGAACAACGUUCAACUGCCCAUCUUUCUCUCUGCAACGCUCAAAUAUCUAUUUUUGACAUUCACCGAAGACAGUGUCUUGCCAAUUGACCAGUGGGUUUAUAGCGCGGCCGGUCAUCCAUUUCCGAUUUUCGGAAACAUUUCAGACAAUGGAUAA